GUCUUCGCAUCCGCCUCCCCUCCAGUCUAGGGUUUCUAGGGUUUACGAGAAGGGUUGGGUUGGGUGUCCAGCCGGCGGCGAGGGGCGAGAUGUCGUCGGAGAGGGUGAAGGGGACGGUGAAGUGGUUCAACACCACCAAGGGGUUCGGCUUCAUCACCCCUGACGACGGGAGUGAGGACCUCUUCGUCCACCAGUCCUCUAUCAAGUCCGACGGUUACCGCAGCCUCAAUGACGGCGACACGGUCGAGUUUGUCGUGAGCUCCGGAGACGACGGGCGCACCAAGGCUGUCGACGUCACCGCGCCCGGCGGCGCCGCCCUCGCCGGCGGGCCCCGCCCCGAUGGAGGCGACCGCGGCGGCUACGGCGGUGGUGUCGGGCGCUACGGCGGGGGAGGCGGCGGAGACCGCGGCUGCGGGGGAGGAGGCGGCUAUGGCGGCGACCGCGGCUACAGGGGAGGCGGCGACCGCGGCUACGGCGGUGGGGGAGGCGGCCGUGGGUGCUACAAGUGUGGCGAGGAGGGCCACAUGGCCAGGGACUGCACCCAGGGUGGCGGCGGCUACGGCGGAAGGGGUGGUGGCGGCGGCGGCGGCGGGUGCUACAGCUGCGGCCAAUCCGGUCACCUCGCCCGCGACUGCCCCAGCAAGAGGUACUAGGCGCGCCGCGGUAGCGUCGGAUCCGAGUCCCAUGUCGCCUCUUGCCGGGUCCCUACGCACCGUUACCUCCUUCAGAUUCUGCAGCAUGUCGUAGAAGAUGCUCUAGUGUUUCGUUUCAUCGCUCGUAGUAGGAAGAAGAAGUGAUAUGGAUCAAUGUCAUGUAAUGGCAGUUUGUCUAAGAGUAUUUCCUUUCUGUUUGCGUCUGUAAGGCAGCCAUGGAUGGCACUGCCCGAUCUAUCUAUCUAUCAAUCCAAUGGACUAGUAACUUGAGCUGGAUC